AUGCCGAAAGGGAAUAAGUCCGAGAAACGGUUUCUUCGAGUGCGUGACGAAACAGUUGCACUUUCUGCACAGCUUAUGUCAUUAUGUCUAAGGUCGAAAAUUACUUCGGGCAAUGCAUUGCAUGUUUUAGAAGAGCUUCAAUCCAUCGCGUCUGAAAUUAUCACUCUUCAGAAAGAUUAUUCAUUUGUAUCUAAACUGAGAAAAUCUGUGGAAAGUAGGAAAAUAAGUAUAGAGCGUCUCACAUCUUCACUCGAAUGCUAUGUGCCUGGUGAGUAUGCAGUUCACUGGUUUGAAGAAUAUGGUUUUGGACUACGUGCUCUAGUUCAAAUUGGGUGUGGUGAUGAACUUCUCAAUAUCCCUAGAAAAGAUAUAUUCUGUGUAGAUUGUUCAACUCAAGAUCUAAAGGAUUUCAUAAGAAAUGACUCAUUAACAUCUAACAUGGAGAAUAUCGCAUUGUCCUUGUGUGUAUUAGGCGAACUAUAUGAAGGAGAGAAUUCAAAAUGGUGGGACUACAUAAACUCAUUGCCAUCUGAUUACCCUACAUUUUUGUACAUGGAUGCUGCUGAUAUUCGUCAUUUAAAGGGCUCACCAGUUCUGGAGAAAGUUGCAUCCAACUACCUGUUUAUUUGCCGGCAGUAUGCCUACUUCUGCUGUCAGUUCAGGGAGAACCAGAAGUUUUCCGGUAUUCCGAAUUUUGUAUUCUGUUUUGACGACUAUAGGUGGGCAGUAUCGACAGUAAUGAGUCGAAGCAAUUAUAUACCUCAUCGUAACGGUAUUGAUAAAAUUAUGUGCCUGAUACCAGUUUGGGAUAUGAUGAAUCAUAAAUCUGAUUACAUUACCAGUCGUUAUGAUUUGGAGAUGGAUGAACUAGUGUUUUCUACAAUGGAGGCAUAUGAACCAGGUGAUCAGAUAUUUAUGGAUUACGGAAAGCGUACAAAUGCAGAGUUUUUUGUUUUUGCUGGUUUCGUACCCCAGUUCAAUCCGCACAAUGCUGUAACAAUAACAUUAGGUAUUAAUACUUCUGAUUCGCUGGGGAAAGUACGACAACAAUUAUUAGAAAUGUUUGAUUUGAAUGUGCCUUUGAAUUGCAACCUAUCUGGUAAUAUUAAAUCCAUGACAGAAUUUUUCAUAUUUUCACGAGUAUUUUCCAUGAAUGAAGAUGAGCUUAAUAAUCAACUAACAGAAGCUAAUUCAAAUUGUACAGCAGUGAAAUCGAAAUUAAGCGACUUGAAAUUUAACAAAGGAAAUACCUUAGACUGCAAAGCAUUUACUUUUUUAAUAAACCGUUUAAAAUUACUGAUUGCUGCUUACGGAACUGUUAUCUCAGAGGAUAAUCCAGAAUGGAAAGAAUUAUCAUUCAUACGACAAAAUUGUGAACGUCUCAAACGUCAAGAGGUUGCAAUUUUACGCUCCAGUAUUGAAUGUGUUCUGCCUAUGAUGGACGAUGGCAGUGAUAAUAAAAAAAUAACAACAGUAACAUGA